AUGACAGAUCGUGGUUCAUGUAUAUUUCCAGACUGCGAUGAAAUCCUUGCUUCCGGUUCCUACAAAGAGGCGGGAGCGUACCGGAUCUACCUAAACCAGUCGGAACACAUAGUGGUAUUCUGUGAUUUUGGGCUGGGCUUCGCCAACUACGUGAUUUCUAUUCAGAGGUACGGUCGGGUGAGUUUUGUGCAGAACUACUACAACUAUGAGCGGGGCUUCGGGAACGUUGUUGGAGGUGACGGUUGGCUCGGUCUACGGAACAUCAAGGCUCUAACAGACGCCGGUAACAACGUGCUAAUAGUGACGAUGCAGGACUGCAACAAUAUGAUUCAAACACUCGUCUGGAACCACUUCUCGCUUGGCUCCCCCGAGUCGCAAUAUCGUCUGUAUGUCAACGGUUACGCUUCCAGUAACAUGCUCCUUAAAGACCUGUGUAAAAACAACGGCAGGCCUUUCUCGACUUUCGAUAGACCGGAUGCAGACAACUGCGCUCUGCAGUUGCGCACCGGUUGGUGGUACAACUACUGCACGGACACAUUACCUACUGGGAAAUACGACCUAUGCGGUCCCUACACACCCCCGGGUGGAUUCUAUGACGGUCUGUUCUACAAUGACUGGCUCGGUCGGGGCUACUCACUGAAGUACUUCCGCAUGGUGCUUGCCCAUUUCUAG